UUAUCAUGCGAGAAGAGAUUAAAAUCUCGAGAAAUAUUUCAAGCUCCCUCUUCUUCUAGGCGACGAAGCUUCUUCCUUCGAUAUUUUUUUGUUUGUUUCUCAAUUCCUUUUGUGAAUUGAAGGGAGAAGAAUUAGGGUUUCGGAGAUGUCUUCACUCACUUCCGUGGAGAUGAAUUUUCUGGUUUUCAGAUAUCUUCAGGAAUCAGGGUUUACACACGCUGCAUUCACUCUAGGUUACGAGGCAGGGAUUAACAAAUCCAACAUUGAUGGGAACAUGGUUCCACCCGGUGCUCUUGUCAAGUUUGUUCAAAAAGGACUCCACUACAUGGAGAUGGAAGCUAAUCUCACCAAUGGAGAAAUGGAAUCUGAGGAGGAUUUCUCAUUCUUUCAACCCUUGGAUCUGAUUUCAAAGGACGUGAAGGAGUUGCAGGAGAUGCUGAGGGAGAGAAAGAGGAAAGAGAGGGACAAGGAGAAGGAAAAAGACAAAUCUAAAGAAAACGACAGAGAGGUUGAAGGAGAACGCAGCCGACUCAAGGAGAAGGAUAGGCACGAGAAACUCAAGGAGCGAGAGAAGGAGAGGGAAAGGGAGAAGAUGGAACGAGACAAGGAGAGGGAAAGAGAGAGGAUGGAGCGAGAAAAGGAGAAGAUGGAACGAGAAACAUUCGAGAGGGAGAGGGAAAGAAUGAAAGUAGAGAGGGAACGAGACAUUGAAAGGGAGAGGGAACGAGAGAAGAUUGAGAGGGAGAAGGCUCAAGAGAAGCAGCUUGGGGAUGGUGACAGGGACAUGGCUCUUGACCAAAGUGACAACAAAGCUAAUGCUGGCGAUGAAGAUCAUGGCCGUUCUUCGGCUGCAGAACCUAUGGAUAUCACCAUGACUCCUACAUCUCAGCCAUCUCACAUUCCUAAUUCUGAUGUGAGGAUUUUGGAAGGGCAUACUUCUGAGGUUUGUGCGUGUGCAUGGAGUCCGUCGGCUUCAUUGCUUGCUUCAGGGUCUGGUGAUACGACAGCACGAAUCUGGAAUAUUCCGGAAGGACCAUUAAAAUCUAGUCGUAGUAUCAGCGCUUUGAUCCUGAAACAUGCAAAAGGAAAGUCAAACGAGAAGAGCAAGGAUGUGACCACUCUUGACUGGAAUGGUGAAGGGACUUUGCUUGCCACUGGUUCAUGUGAUGGCCAAGCAAGAAUCUGGACUACAAACGGUGACCUGAUAAGUACUCUGAGCAAACACAAGGGACCUAUAUUUUCCCUAAAGUGGAACAAGAAGGGUGAUUAUCUUCUAACCGGAAGUGUCGAUAGAACUGCUGUUGUUUGGGAUGUAAAGGCAGAGGAAUGGAAGCAACAAUUUGAAUUUCACACAGGCCCAACACUUGACGUUGAUUGGCGCAACAAUGUGUCUUUUGCAACGAGUUCCACCGACACCUUUAUCUACUUGUGUAAGAUUGGAGAAACUCGGCCUAUGAAAGUCUUUGCUGGUCAUCAGGGUGAGGUUAAUUGCGUGAAAUGGGAUCCUACCGGUACAUUACUGGCCUCAUGCUCAGAUGAUAGUACUGCCAAGAUAUGGAAUACAAAACAACACAGCUUUGUUCAUGACCUCCGAGACCAUACUAAGGAAAUUUAUACAAUCAGAUGGAGUCCUACAGGAGCAGGAACCAACAAUCCUAACAAACCGCUAACUCUUGCCAGUGCAUCAUUUGACUCAACAGUAAAGCUAUGGGAUGCAGAACUCGGCAAAAUGAUAUGCAGUCUCAACGGCCACAGGGACGCGGUGUACUCGUUGGCGUUUAGUCCAAACGGGGAGUACAUAGCGAGUGGUUCAGUGGACAAGUCGAUACACAUAUGGUCACUGAAAGAAGGAAAGGUCGUGAAGACAUACACAGGAGAAGGAGGAAUAUUCGAAGUGUGUUGGAACAAGGAAGGCAACAAACUCGCAGCUUGCUUCGCUGAUAACUCGGUCUGUGUUCUUGAUUUUAGAAUGUAGUUUUAAAAGUGUAGUUGUAGUAGUGUGCUCCUAACACUCUCAGUCCAAACCUUUAUUUUGUUCUUGCACAUAUUUAUUGAAAAACAUAUUUUAUGAUUUUAUUA